GCUGAUCCUCUAUGCCAUGGUGGUGCCUGCCCUGAAGAUCGGCUUCCUGAUCUUGGCGGAGCUCUGGCGCGAGAGCCCGGACCCGCGGCAGGUGCUCUUCGCCAAGCGCUCCAUCCAGGUGGUACAGAUGAUCAGCAAGUGGGCCUGCCCCGACAUGUUCGCCUACAUCCUCCUAUU